ACUGUGCAUCGUCGUCGCCAUCAUGGCCAGAUGAUAAAAGAGAGAUUUUUAAGCCGGCUUUGUCGACGACGGGGAGGAGUGCGAGUGGGAGAGCAUGGGAUGCUCUCCUUGGCUUUGCAUUCCAGAUAAUCUCGUGGGGGUUCGGCCUCAUCCCCCCCUCCCCUCCUCCUCCUCUUCCUCCUCCUCCUCCUUCUCCUCCUCUAUAAGAAUUCGCGCCAGCCUCCGUCCGCGAUCGGCACCCAAACUCCUCGUCGAUGGCGGAGCUGCUGACGCGCGAGCAGAUCGCGGAGUUCAAGGAGGCCUUCAGCCUCUUCGACAAGGAUGGGAACGGUCACAUCACAACUAAGGAGCUUGAAAAUGUGCUGCGUACACGGGGGCAGAAUCCUACAGAGGCAGAGCUAGAGGAGAUGAUAAAUGAGGUGGAUGCCGAUAAAAGUGGAACGAUUGAUUUUCCAGAGUUCCUUAACCUGAUGGCACGCAAGAUGCAUGCUGACUCAGAGGAGGAGCUUAAGGAGGCCUUUCGGGUAUUUGACAAGGAUCAGAAUGGGUUCAUUUCUGCUGCUGAGCUUCACGAUGUAAUGGUCAAUCUUGGAGAGCAACUGACUGAUGAGGAGGUCAAUGAGAUGAUGCGUGAGGCUGAUUCCAAUAGUGAUGGCCAAAUCGAUUAUAAGGAGUUCGUCAAAGUCAUGAUUGCCAAACGAAGACAAGAGGAGGGGAAUGAUAGCAGGAAGGCCGAGACCAGUCCUCGUCAGUCGAAGCACGGUGACGACCGCCCUUCACCAUCAAAGUGCGGCCAAUUCUGCUCGAGCUGCACCAUCCUCUGAUCGACCUGCGUAGGACGUGGAACGAGUGACAUCAUGGGGGGUGGGGGGGGUGUUUUGUUCUAUAUGUAUGUAUCAUUGCUUGGUAUUCAACCGAGUGUUAGGCCUGAGGCAUGUGUGCAACAGUCGAGAUGCAUUAUUCCUCUCUCCAUAAGGUCAAUCCUAA